AUGGCAGCUCAGGCUUAUUUAGAGCGCUAUCGCCAGAUUAGCGCCUUGGACCAGCAGAAGAAUGAUUUUAUCGAGGAACUUCUCCAACGAGUGACUACGUUAGAAAACUCCUUCCAGCAGGAAAAACUUGACCAUGAGCGCGAGACCCGAUUCAAUCGCGAUAUUCAGUUGCAUGAGAUGGAGUUGAUGGAUCAAAUAUCGCGAAUCAAGACUAUUAUGGAUCGGGAGCCAUUCGUCGUUCUGCUCUUAGAUGGCGAAGGCAUAAUAUUCAAGGACGAAUUUCUGCAGCUGGGAGAACAAGGUGGACGGAAUGCGGCCAAGCAGCUCUGGACCUCUCUCCAGGGAUAUGUGACGGCGAACCUCUCAACGAUUACGGAGCCGAAGAUAAUGACCAAGAUCUACCUUGAUGUGAAGGGUUUCACUGAGGCUUGCAGCCGGGGUGGGAUCACCCUAGAGGCAUCUGCAAUCGGGGAAUUUAUUCGGGGAUUCAAUGAAAGCACUUCGUUCUUUGAGAUCGUCGAUGUUGGAACAGGCAAGAACAAAGCACACGAUAAGAUCAAAGAGGCAUUCAAGCUCUACUUAUACAAUUGCCAUUGUCACCAACUAUUCCUGGGUUGCGCCUCCACUGAAGAAUAUGCCCGGUUCCUGGAAGAUGUGUUAGUCGAUGGGGAUUACACUGGUCGGGUUUCGCUACUCGAAGGCCUUCCUUUCGACAAGGAAUUUGAUACCCUGAAAAGCACAUAUCGGACUACGAAGUUCCCAGAUGUCUUUCGCACUUCAAAGAUUGCACCCAUAUGGACGGCACCCUGGAAGAGCUCGCUUCCUUCGAGGAGUUUGCUCACGCCAUCGCCUACCCAACAAUAUCAGACUCCUGCUCCUUUGUCAAGAACAUCUACGAGUACCAGUAUGUCGGGUCUGGGCGUUCCGCUGUCUACUGCCAUGGUCAAUAAGCCUUCGCCCUCCGAGACUCCUGACUUCCAGGUUGUUCGACAGAAGGUAUCUAGCUCAACAUCUCCUAAGACCGUGGAACGAAACAAGUACGGCCAGCGUGUCGAUCGACUUGAUUUCAAGAGUAUUCCCCGGGAUGAUCUUAAUCGCCUGAAGAAACUCAAAUUGUGCAACUAUCACUUUUUGCUUGGCGAAUGUCCUAAUGAAGAGAACUGCUAUCACGACCAUGAUCGCAAAUUGAGCCGCCAAGAACUGCACAUCCUAUCUGCCAUUGCCCGUAUGACCCCCUGUCGAUUCGGGCUGGAAUGUGACGAUGUGGAGUGUAUCUACGGCCACCGUUGCCCUCAGAGCGAGCCAGGCAAAAAGACAUGCUUUCGAGGCGAGACUUGCCGUUUCGACCCUGUGGCGCAUGGCAUCGACACAAACAUUGUGAAAGUGACUAAGAUCUAA